AUGAGCUUAUUGGAUAAAUUGAAGCCUGAUAUAACCUUAAAGAAAACUGCAGCUGUUUUGGCAAGCGCAGCAAUUGCUUAUUCAAUUUAUUCUAAAUGCUCUAGAAAACCUUUAAUUUCCCAAUAUUAACAUAAACAUUUAUUAAUUUAAAAUUUUAAUUGAUAACACCCCUGCUUUAAAGUGAGACAAAAAUCAUGUUCCAAUUUAAAGAAACGUCGAUCGAAAAAAAAUUAUAUUAAACUUUUCUAUAUAAAACAGUUUUUAAAGAUUUUUAAAAACUUAAAAAUUGAACUCAACACAUCGAAUUUUAAUUCAUUUUUAUGAAGAAUCAAUUUAAAAUUAAUUUUUUUCUGUAUGUAAACUGUUUAAAUAUUAUUUUGCUUACUCCCCCUUCGUGAGCGAACAAAAAAAUUUUAUUUGCUCAGGGAGGGUUAAUUUUUUUACAAAAUUUAUAGAUAAAUUUUAUAGUAAUUUUUUUUCGAAAUUUAAAAAAUCCCAAUUAGCAAACAUUGGAAAGCAUUAUUAUUUAAUUUGUAAAAUUUAUGUUUAAAAAGGUAAUUUGUUUAAAAAGGUAAUUUGUUUAAAAUUUACAGAAUUAGUUAAUACUUCAUUAUACUAAUUAUCAUUUAUAUAUCAAAUUUUUUUUCCUAAAAAAUUGUAUAUUAAAAAAUUUUGUUCGCUCACAGAGCGGGGGAGGAGUUACACUUUUUAAUUAAACUAGGCUAAACUAAUUUUAUAAAAAUUAGUAUUUUUUUUUUCCUUUCAUCUCCUACCGAAAAAAAAAUGUUCCGAUUUAAAGUGGGUUAAAUCCACAAAAUUGAAAUUUACUUAUAUUUUGUUCCAAUUUAAAAGUGGGGAGUAAGUAAUAAAAAUAAAUUAAAUCAUUUUGAAGUAAUAAAAAAAUAUAGAAAUUUGCUCAUAUUAAAAAUAAAUUAACCAAAUUUUUAAAAUAAAGCAUUAUGUCUUGAUCUUUAUUAGUUAAAGAAGCUAGAAAUCCAUCACUCCAAGCAAACUUCGGAUUCCGAAAGCCAUAAAAUAUAUUGUCUAACAUCCGAAGAAUCAGCACAAAGAUCAAGCAAUCUCUCCGACAUUCGAUAUACAUUGAUCCUAAAUCUCCAAAAAGGUAAAGAAUUUCUUGGGCAUUGCAAAAUCACAUUUUUAGUAGCUGAUCCGUCGUUUACUGUUUGGCUUGACUUUAACGCUGACGAAAUACUUUUUUUAAAAAUUAACAAUAGUCCAGCUAUCCCUCAUUGGGAACGAAGCAAACUUUAUCUAGACAACAUCAAAGCAGAUCAAAACUCAAUCGAUAUUUUAUAUAAAAGAAAAUAUGCAAAUGAUGGUAAAGGGCUUCACAGCUUUGUCGACCCAAUUGACAACGAACAAUACAUCUUCUCUCAUUUUGAGGCUUUUUAUGCAAAUAGGAUGUUUCCAUGCUUUGACCAGCCAGAUCUGAAAGCUAAUUUCAAAAUUUCAGUGUUCGCUCCUUCUGAUUGAAAAGUCAUAAGCAAUGAGCCUUUGAUUUCUAUUACUCAAGCUAAUAAUCAAAUGAUAUUCCAGCUUGGGGAGACUUCUUCUUACACCCUACGGAACUUUGAAGAAACUUCAAUAAUCAGCAGCUAUUUGGUUGCUGUAUGUGCAGGCCCGUAUUAUGAAAUUAGAUACGAUUCUAAUGAAAUCAAUAUUCCUUUAGGCUUUUACUGCAGAGAAUCAUUAAAAGAAUCCCUAAAUCCUGAGCUCUAUUUGAACUGGACGAUUUCAAGCUUUAAAUUUUACCAAGAAUAUUUUAGUAUGAAUUAUCCUUUCAAAAAAUAUGAUCAAGUUUUUGUUCCGGAAUUUAACGCAGGUGCAAUGGAGAAUGUUGGUUGCGUCACAUAUCGUGAGGAUUAUCUAUUCAGAGACCCUCCAUCAGCCGUUGAAAAAUGCAGAGUUGCCAAUGUCUUUCUUCAUGAAAUGGCACACAUGUGGUUUGGGAACUUAGUCACAAUGGUCUGAUGGGAUGAUUUAUGACUAAAUGAAAGCUUUGCAACUUUCAUGUCCCAUCUUAACUACUCAAAAACCUUAAGUUCAGAAUAUCCUGACUUAUGGCUCGUAUUUCUUAAGAGAAAAAGAGCAGGAUAUGUAUUGGACCAAAUCAGCACAUCCCACCCAAUCUCUACUAUUCUUCAAGACACUUCUCAGACUUCUACAAAUUUUGAUGCAAUAUCAUAUAUUAAAGGAGCUGCAGUUCUGAAACAGCUUCGUUUUAUUGUUGGGCAUGAUCUGUUUAAAAAAGGGAUCCAAAGAUACUUGCUGAUAUAUAAGCAUGGAAAUGCAGUUUGUAAAAGCUUUAUUGAUGCGAUAGAAGAAGAAAUUUUAACUGCAAAUGUAGAGUUUGAUAUCCAAGGGUGGGCAGAUAGCUGGAUUAAAACUGCAGGAAUUAAUACUUUAGAAGCUGUGUAUGAAGUAGAAAAUGGGGUGAUUUCUUCUUUCAAGAUCAAACAGUCUGCAGAUCCUAAGUUUCCUGAACUAAGAAGGCAUAAAAUCCUUAUAGGCUUCUUUGAUGAAAAUAUGAACGCUAUUAAUAAUGUAGAAGCUCAAGUUCUUCCACAAGAGUUUACAGAGCUAGAUUGACUAGUUAAUACCCCAGCUCCAGAUUGUGUUAUCCUUAAUAUUGGCGAUUAUGAUUACUGCAAAAUCAGAAUUGACGAAAGAUCUUUAGAUAUCAUCAAAAGUAAGCUUCAUUUUACUAAAGAAAAUUUAACGAGGCAGCUGAUUUGGUCUGCAUUUCAAGAUAUGGUAAGAGAUUGUCUGCUACCUGCGCCUUUAUUCCUCCAGAUCGUUUUGUCUAACUUUGAAUAUGAAGCUGAAGAAGGGAUUGGAGCAUUUAUCCUCGAGCUCGCAAACUCGUCUAUUAAUUUAAGGAUCUCAAAGCAAAUUAAGAGGAAUGAGUAUUUGCAUCAAUUAUUUGAGGCCAUCCUAAAGAAAGUUCAGGCGGACCCUAAUCUCAAAGAGUACCAAAAGCAUCUAUUUUACUAUUUAAGAGAAGACUCAGAUAUUUUGAGAGCUGUGAAGUGACUGGAAGACUCAUCAGAAAUCAAUUUUAGCCUAACACAAGUGAACAGAUGGUCAAUUUUGAAAGCUUUUUCAAAAAUUGAUAUUGCAGCAAAAGAGUUAGUUGCAAAAGAAGUUCUGAGAGACCAAAGUAGCAAAGGGAAGCUUGCAGCUUUGCACUGUUCUACUGCAUAUCCUGAUGCAACCUUAAAGCAAACUGUGUGGGACUCAAUCAUAAAUGGAGAAAAAGACCAGCUUUCCAAGCAAGAGAGAAGAGCCUUCAUGUCAGGAUUCAUAAACAAGAAACAGCAAGGAAUUUUAAAGCCUUAUGCUCAAAUGUACUUUGACUUUGUCCCAGAAAUCAUUGCAAAAAAGAAUGCAGAGUUUGCUAUUGAUUUUUGCACAAAUAUGUUCCCAACUUUUGACAAGCCAAGAGAUCUGAUUCCAAAAAUUAAGGCUCUCUUAGAAGUCGUUCCGAAAGAAUAUCCCCAGAUAAAAAGAUUCCUCAAUGAAAAAGCUGAUAUUUUAGAACAAAAUAUAAAGGCUAAGGAGUUGGCUAAAACUUAUUUACAUAGCCUAGCUUAA